UAAAUUGUGUAUCAUAUUAUGAUGUAAAUAACAUGCGUGGAUAAUGUCAAGUCUGUAAUAUAUUCAGGUAGGCUUCGACAAUCACUAUUCCCGUAUGAUUUGCGUGGUCUCUGCGAUUAAAAUCUUACGGUAUUUGGUCAGCGGCCAAAAGACUAAAUCACUCUCAAGUGUAUAUAUAGGUGCAUGUACCGACUGUCGGUGUACACAUAUUUAACUCGGUAUCUACUAGCUUUUCAGUUUUUCACCCAUAUGGUUGUACUAAAAACAUAUGCUUACGAGUAUACAAUAUGAUCUACCUUAAACUGUAAAUAUUGAAAAAAUAUAAUAAUACUUAAGUAUAAUAUGAGAUUGAUAUACACCAUUUAAGAAAUAUAAUAUAUCUAAUGAUUAACGUCCGUAUAAUCCGUGUAAAAUAAUAUGCGAUAACGAAUAAAGAGGAUUUUUGGGAUAUCACGACAUUGCCCGGAAAAUGUUGUCAAUGCAUAAAAUUAGCUCAAUAUAUGUAGGAAAAGUUUGUUGAAUACCGUAUUUUGUAGGCACUAUAACGUUAUCACCAUUGACCGGUCAAUGAUAUAAAUUCCUACUUUCCAGGAUUGAUAGUAAAAGAUGAUACGCAGUAUAUUAUAAUAAUUAAUCACUAAUUAAUAUUAUAAUCAUUAAUUCCUAAUAAUAUAAAAUGUAUACUGUCACAGUGGUGGCAAUAUCAUAUAACCAGGUAAUUUAUUUACAUCGUUAAGAUUCUACGAUGUAAUAACUGUCUGUUUUGAUCGAAAUAUCAUGAUCUUGACAAAAACACCACAUGGUCCGGGUGUUUUUAAACACAUUUGAUAUAUUUAAAUUAAGACUAUAGGUUUUACCGUCUUGAAAAAAAAUAUAAAGUUGUGCUGUAGCCUGUAGGCAGCAUAAAGUCUAACAUAGUAUGGGAGAGUGCUCCAACAAAGUCUAUCAAAAUGAGUUCGACAUUUCUUUACUCUGAAAAAAAAAUACACAAAACAUAAUAAAAUUAUAAACACGGCAACUGUGCUGUUGGAGUAUAGUUAGCAGUGAAAAAAUUUAAAAGCUCUACCAGUAAAUACGAGUAAUAACAUGCACCAAAAUCGGGAAGUAUACUCCAACAAUACCCAACAAGUUACCUACGAAUUCGUUGGAUAAACUCUAUAUGUGCAGGUUAUUAUUGUGCUGCCAAAUUUAUUACGGCUAAAAAAAACCCAUACCAUCUCUUUUAUAAUAGAAACAUUUUUAUUUUUUAAUUUUCUGUUUUUACGCGAAAAUUACGAUUAAAAAGUAUUGUAUCUGCUAAUGAAUAACCAAUUAAUAAUACUUGUGCUUGAAUAAUUUAAGGACCAUGCGCAGAUCACGCAUUCAUUAAAAUAUUAUAUCAUUCGAAUAAAUGCGUUGCACGUCACCUUUCGGUUGUAUACGCAACGUAAUACGAGCCAUUAGGCAAUAAUCAUAUUUGCAAACAAUAUUACGUCUCUGUUUUUAACUAGGUAUACAUUAUCUGAAUUAAAAAUCACCAAUUAAUAAAUAUUUAUCUAAAUUGUAUUAAACCUACACGAAACACACAUACACACAUUCGUAUAUAAUAUUAUGAAUUGUAUUGAUCCGAACCGCGCGAAUCAUAAAGCGUUUUUCCGUUCUUCUGAGUAAAUAAUUUACGUUCAAAGAGAUUUAAUAGAACUACAUUUAUUUUAAAAAUACUUACGGCUUGGAUGGUUUCGUUGGCUUAGCUUGGUAAGUUCACGUGCCUAGAGCCAUGCGCUUUAGCAGGAACUUUGCAAACUAACGUAUUUCCGCUGCAUACACAAAAAACCUAACCUACAAGAUGAAUGUUUCCAUUUAAUUAGGUACCUAUAGAGUUAUUUCUUUAAAUCUCAAAUUUACUUUACGAGACUUUUAUAUAGGUACAAUAUUUUCAAUCCACGUCGUAAUUUAUAACUGUAAUAUUUUCUGUGUUUGAUUACAUGUUUUAAUUUAUAACUAACACAACAUCGAUUCGAAUGGAAAUCACUCUAACCUACCUGUCCUACGUUUAUUAACAUUAUAACUGAAAUUCUCGUUUAUUUGGAAUAACACUUCAAAAUAUUUCUUUGCUAAUCGCUUUUACUACCCAUAACACCUCAACUACUAUACCAUUCAAUCGUUUAAAUUUUAUCCUAAUCAUAAUGCAAAAAAAGUUUGAUUAAUGAAUUGUUGUAUAUCUGAUCGAAUAUUAUACUAACCUAAUUCAAUCUUCAUAUUACACACACGUGGAUAUAAUCAUUGAAAUCUUUGGGUAAAAUGUAUAUUAACAUAAUAAUAUGCAUAUUUGAAAUGUAAUACGUUGGUAGAAACUUAGAAAGUUAUUGGUCUUUAAGAUAAACUCAUAAGACGUAUCACGAAAACUUUACAAUUAAAUUCUGAAGCAUAAAUAUUGAUUUUGGAAAAUUGAAAAUAAAUAUCUAGGAAUAGCGUAUAAUAUUUACUAGUACAUUAUAUAAUAAUAUGUACGAGAAAACAUAAUAAAAUAAAUAAAAAAAUUAUCAUACCUAAAAUUAUUUAUUUAUGAUUAACUUUCAAUUAGUUAUAAUACAGAUAAAAAAUAAUUAAAGAAAAUGUUAUUACAAUCCGGAAAAAUCCAAAUCGAAUGAAAUAAUAAUAUAUUAUAUUAAUGUAAUAUUCUUAUUGUUAUAUCAGUCAUUAUAAUUAUAUUGUUUCGUAAUAAUGUAGUUUUGUAAUUUAUACUUUAUGUUAUACUGACUAAAAGCAAUCAACAAAAAUCAAUUAUAACGUUUCAUAGUAUAAUAUCGACAAUACUCUAUAAUUGAAACCGGGGAAGUCACUCUGCUUAAGGUAAAUAUCAAAAAUAUUUCAAAUGCCUUUAAAUAUCUUAAAUAUUAGUCUAAAUAUUUUGAAAUAUCAUUGUGUAUAGAAAAUAAUAAUUUUAAUAAUACUGAAAUGCUUCUAGUUUCUACGAUUAAUAUUUUUGGAUGGUAAAAAAAUCGUUUUUAAACAAUGAAUUGUUAUUAUACCUUUAAUUUAACUACCCAAUGCCGUCAACAUUUGAAUAAAAAACGCUCAUGAAAAUGUAUGCAAUAUUUUUUUAAUUUCCUGCAAAAAAAUUACGAGGAAUAAUAUAUUGUUCAAGUUUUUACCUACUGACAAACAAACAUUUUAUCAUAAGUACAAAAGUAAAAAAAAAACAAUUAAAAACACCGAAAAUGUUAAAUGUCUAAACCAACAUUUUAUCAUGUCUAGAAAAUCCAAACAUAAAUAUUUGGAGAAAAUUGUAUGGAAUUACGCCCAUCGAUGCAUUCAUUUUUGAAUUACAACGAAAAACAAAAUAGACACUAUCCAAAACUGUUUUCUUUUUUGUUAAUAUUCCAUUGUUUUCUUUAAAUAUUUUUCUACUGCAAAAAGUAUCUUCUGACACGAAAAAAACACAUCUUUAUUGUUACGCCACUUAUAAUCGAUAUCCAAAUAUGCAUCUUUCAUUUGAUAGUGAGCCGUAACUAUGGUCCCACAUAUUGUGUGUGUGUAUAAAGGUAAACCGUGAUGAGUCUAAUAAUUUAAUAUAAUGUAUUAGUUAUACAUUAUAGUGGUACAGUACUAUUAUACACAUGAAACUUGAUUAGACGGGUAUAGGUUAUAUCUACCGAUAUUAAUAACCCUCGUAAUACGUUAAUUAUGUAUAACGUACCUGUUCACUGUAAUUCUUAAAUGGUUAGAUAUUUACGACGAUAUUCUUCAAUUAUUACUGUGUAUUGAAUGGGUCGAUAUUGUUUCGAUUAAAAAUAAAAAUAUAUAUAUAUUAAAUAUAUUUGUAUGCACCUAUCUUGUAUCCAUUAAUAACAGUGCAAAUAAAAAUAUUUAGAUAAAAGUCACUAAAAAAAAAAAAAAAUGGAACUACAUACAAAACACAAGUUACGGACGACUUUACUCAUAGUUAUAUUAUGUAUCUUAGUAAAGUUAAUUCCCAUUUCCCAACACUGCCCCACAUUGACCCCGACCAACCGUGUAACAGAAACUGACGUCCCGUCGCGUCCGAUGUCUGAAUUUAUAUAUUUUGGCUAUCCGUACCCAAUUUAACGGGUAAUCUGACCGGGGGCGAGUUAAUGAUCCAUCAAUAACAACUCCCACGCCAGGGCUGAAGUGGAUUCUGCGGUGGUGGCGUCAGUCAUUUUAUUAUGACGUGGAACGAAUUAUUAUUGUGUAACUCCCGUGGUGACCAAAUUUGAUAUAUUUCGUAAUAAAAUGCACAGCCGUAUAGUGCUAUACCGUCCCAAAACAUAAUUUAAUAUCGAUUUAAAAUCCUAACUCAGCCAACUAAACGUAAUAUUAUAAUACGUAUAUAUUAUAUUUACAUUUGUCGGACUUCCAACACGAUUCAAAUGACUUGACGAUAGUAGUAUAAAAUAGACAAUUCAAACACACAAUGGACCUGAUCCCUGAUUCCUGAUCCCUGAUUCCUGAUCCCUGAUUCCUGAUCCCUGAUCCUUGCCGCCUGAUUCCUGAUCCCUGAUUCCUGAUCCUUGCCGCCCGCUGAGCCCGCCGCCCGGCCGCUCACGUGUGCGACAUGAAUUCCCCCCCCCCCCCCCCACCUUCAUCUCACAAACUCAUCCCACCGCCCGCACCCUUAUCCUCAUCCCGCUGCUUGCGUACGUGCGUUACUUAUAUUAUUGUUAUCACACGUUAUCAUAUUUUAUCACAUGUUAACGUAUAUUAUCACUGAUAUCAUAUAAUUUUCCGUUGUCGUGAAAAAAACUGCAAAAUAACCGCCCGGGAUUCGAACCCGGACCCACCAGCUCCAACGUGAAUUAAUUACCAAUAGGCCACCCCAACCACUUGAGUACUAGAUGUUAUUUUUACCCAUUUAACUUUAUAAAUAAAUAUAAAAAUAUUUAAACCGCAGUAUACUGGUCAUAUUAUAAUAUCAUUAGGAUACUUAUAACUUGCAGCUGCGUACACAAAUAAUAUCGAUGAAUACACCAUAUAGGAGACAUUAAGUAGGCAUUAGUGAAUAGCCGUUAUUAAGUCUAAUAAUUGUCGCAGGUAUUGACACGUCAAUCAAAUAAAUACAACAAUAUAUUGCCAUUAGAUAAAAUGCCAUUAGGAUUAUUCGAUAUGUUAAUUUCGAAAUUCGCACGACUCGUGUCGCCAGGAUGUGAUAUACUUAUUGAUAUUAAAAUAAACAUUUAUUACACUAAAGGUUUUAUUUAAUGAAUGUUAAGAUAUUAAUAUAUAUUAUUCACCGGCUCCGUUCUUAAUAGCCGCCUCUCACCAUUGUCACCACUAAGCGGUAGACAUUAGUGUCAACUAUAUAGCCACCAUAUGAUGUCUAUACAAUAUACAUCCGUUCACUAACAAAAUCGUAUACUCUUAAUAUACCCAUUAUAUGAUAUCCGUAAUUAAAGAAGAAUACAUUAGUGAAUAACCGAUAUUAAGUCUAAUAAUUGUCGCAGGUAUUGACACGUCAAUCAAAUAAAUACAACAAUAUAUUGCCAUUAGAUAAAAUGCCAUUAGGAUUAUUCGAUAUUCGCACGACUCGUGUCGCCAGGAUGUCGCAUACAUACUUUUAAUAGCCACAAUGGCAUUUAUAUUGAUUGACAAUAAGAGACAUUAAGUAGUUAUUAGUGAAAAAACACAUUAAAACCGAUAUUAGUACCUUCUGCUGGACGUAUACAAUUAAAUAUCAAUUUUUCAGUAUUAUCUGCCCCACUAAAAUCGCUCUUACCUAUUAGUGAUCCUUGACUGAAAGAGCCGAUAGUCUUUUAGUCCGUCUACUACGUUACACCGUUGUGCACGUAUACGCUCCGUCUUUAAAAUUUUUAGUGAGUUACAAAGUGUUUAAUAUCUUUUAAAUCAGUACGUUUUAAACCGGUGUACACGUAUACGCUCCGAUUUAAAAAUUUUUUUUUUAAGUAUUUAUUUUCUUUAAAAAUUAUUUGCUUUUAACCAUGGCUGGUUCAAUUGGAAACAUGGCUGCAUUAUACAAGAAAAAAUUUAUAUACGUUCCGCCUACGCCACCGUCCGAACUCAUUGAAUCUGCAAAUUUCACGAUCAAUUUUACUGAACGUAAGUUUUUACAUGUCGGUCUGAAUCCUACAGAGAAAUUCGAUGUGUCCAUACUAAUAAUUACACCUUCGCGUUUCGUUAAAAUAUCUGUGGACCUCUUAAGACGUAUUUUUUCCCUGAUGGGGAAUAUAUUGUCGUUUAUUUUGGAUCAACCGCAAAAAUACAAGCGGAAUUUAUUUCUGGAAACAGAAAUUAUUUCGAUGUCUAGUAUGGUGUAUCAAGGGGAAAAUAUGCUUGUCAUCGAAUCAAAAACACAAGCCGGAUGUCGAGUAUUGCUAAGUCGCACAGAUUUAAUGAAAUUGCAAUAUUUAGAAUGGUCGAUUAACGAAACAGUCGUUCGAAAGUCAACCAUUAUACGACCACUUGUCUUAAAACAGUUUGAGACUAUGGGUAAUUAUUUGGACCAGGAAUUUACCAAAGUUGAUUCACCACCAAAGACACCCGAAGAAAUGAUCGUUUUUAUCAACAAUUUAAGUGAUGAUAAAAUUAUUGGAUCCACUCCUAAAGAAGACAUGAAUUUCAUCAGUCAACUGAAAAUGUAUGCUUCAUCUCAAUUAGCUGAACAAUGGGCGCAACGAUGGAAUGGAGAAAUGUCACCAGAGUUAUUCACCGAAUCUGAAAUGAGGCUCAUUUCACCCCCGAGAUAUUCGAGUAUGUCUCCAAUGCACGAAGACCUUUCACAAGCAAGGGUAGCUGACGAGGAACGUGGUAUCGAUGAAUUUUUAACACAGGCGACAUGGGCACCAGCUCGGAAAACAAAACUAUUGCCUAUUGAUGAUCCUGGCAGUCUACCCGCAUCGUUUGAUUCAGACAAUUUUGCACAGCCCCCUCCGUGGUAUACAGCGCCUCAAUAUAUUGAAUCUUCACCACCAAGUCCUGCAGUUGAUGAGAAUGACGGUCCAACGUCUUUCAACCUCUCACCAUCAUCCCCUCCAGCUCUUCUAGGAUUCACGGGUCAAAAGUUGGCAAAAAAAAAACCAUCUAUGCGGAGCGUAAAACGCAAACUAUUUUAAUAUUUGUACUAAAUUGAUGUGAAAAUAAAAAUCAAGCGUGAUACUUAAAACAAGUUUUUUCAUUUAUUAGAAUAUAAGGCACAAAAUAGUUAUAAGGUAUAAAAUAUUUACAAGGUAUAAAAUAGUUAUAAAAUAUUUACAAGGUUUACAAUUUUCUAACAUCGCCACUAAACGGGUUGUAAGUUAUAAUCUGGUCAUGUAGUAUUAAACAAUAUGCUGCAGUUUUUUCUGGUAUAACUGUAUCCGUUUCAAAUUCAAUACGUAGAUCUAUGGUCGACGACUUCACAUUAUCGUUUUGACGUGAUAAAUCAACUACGACGAUUGGAACGUAGUUUUGAAAAAUGUGUUUUGAUAAUAAUGGCUCGCAAUAAUCUCGCUCAUAAUACGAUUUUUGAAAGUCUG